AGCUGUUUUGCGACAGUGCUGCUCACAUUCCAGUGACUGAUUUACGACAACGGCUCCGUUCACGGCUCACGUGUGUACAGUCCGCUCCGUUCCGUCGUGUGUACUCAACAUGGCUAAAGUUUCUAAGAAGAAAGAGAUUAAAACGGUUGUCAAGAAGAGCUCCGCGGUAAUGGAUAAGCUCGCAGCGGUGGGGCCAGAUGUGGUCGACUACGACGACGAGGAGGAUUUAAAUAAGGCCGAUGAAAUCCUCACCAGUGAAGAGGAGGAGGACGGCGAGGAUGAACGAAAACGGCAAAAGCUGCUGGAAGCCAUCAGCGCGCUCGGUAGUAAGAGGAAGACAAAGCUGGGAGAGAGAUCCGAGGCGUCCGUACAGAUGUCUGAGUUUACCGUCAAGGCGGACGGGGAGGGCGACAAAAUCGACCUGUCGGACCUCAUCGGGACCAUGGAAAAAACCUCCGCUGUCCCAGCAAAGACCAGAAAGCAGCUGAAGAACCUGCUGCGGAGGAACCAUACUAUUGAAUGCCCUCUAACCAAGCAGCAGAGUGAGAGGAUCCAGAGAGAUGUAGCAUUCCAGAAGGCAGCCACAGAGGUGACCCGGUGGAAGAGCAUCAUCAAACAGAACCAGAGGGCCGAGCAGCUGGUCUUCCCCCUGAACCAGGAACCUCCAGGCCCUAAACCCAUGGAGAGGGUGGUGAGUGGCUGGAAGGCGCAAACCCCACUGGAGCAGGAGAUCUUUGCCGUCCUGUCCGCCAACAAGCAGCCCAUCAACGACCCCAUCUUGACCCCGGCCGAGGAGGCUUCGAUGCGGGCAAUGAGCCUGGAGGAGGCCAAGAUCCGACGCGCAGAGCUGCAGAAAGCCCGGGCCCUGCAGUCCUACUACGAGGCCAAGGCCCGGAGAGAGAGGAAGAUUAAGAGUAAGAAAUACCACAAAGUGCAGAACAAGGCAAAGCGUAAAGACCUCCUGAAGCAGUUUGAUGAGAUGGUGCAGACGGACCCUGCCGCUGCCUUAGAGGAGUUAAAUAAGAUUGAGCUGGCCAGGAUGCAGGAGAGGAUGUCGCUGAAGCACCAGAACAGUGGCAAGUGGGCCAAGUCGAAGGCGAUCAUGGCCAAAUACGAUGACGGGGCUCGCAAAGCCAUGCAGCAGCAGCUGGAGGUAAACAAAGAGCUGACCCAGAAGCUUGUGACCUCGCUGAAUAACGAGGAAGAGGAGGAUGCAGGCGACGCAGAGCAGCUGCCUGAUCUUGUAACUGAUGCAGAGCACGGACUGGAUUCUUUAAAUCCCUGGAUGACAGGGAAGCUGUCUGAAGAGCCCACAGAAAAAGAGAAAAGUGAGCCUGUGGAUCUCACAGCAGCAGGGCCUGGAAAUACAGUGGAAGAAGAUGAGGAUGAGGUUGAGGAAACAGAAGAGGAAGCGCUCCUCAGAGAGUUUGACAGCAGGAGGAAACUGCGUCAGGCUCAGGACACUGACGCAGCACCUUUAAUAUCUGUGGAUGAUGAGGAGGAUGAAGCUGCUGCAGCAGAGGACCCAGAUACAUCAGACAAAGAGGAAGAGGAGCUCACAGAGUUCACAAGUCUUUUCCGAGGAAUAGCAGACAGCCGUCAGGAGGCUGAAGCAGAGAAAGCUGAGGCAACUGCAGACGCUUCAGCUCAGCUGGAGGAAGAUGUGAUCAGGAUCAGGACUCUGGAGGACAUGGAGCUCCUCUGUCAGGAGAAGUCAACCAGUGGAGAAGCAGCUGCUCCGCCCCAGCAGCCCCCAGACACCGAAAACCUGCCUUCUGCAACUCAACAGGCAGGCAAGAACAAAAAGAGAAAGAGAGGGAUUGAGCUGAACGAAGUUCUCACCAAAAGGACACAAGUCAUUCAAGUCCCACUCACUCCAACCAUGGAGGACACAGAGGACUCUGAUGGAAAGCUGGACCAGAGGGGGCUCAUUAAAGAGGCCUUUGCUGGAGACGACGUCGUCUCAGACUUCCUUAAGGACAAGAGGAAGCAGGAGGACGCAGGGAAGCCUAAGGUGGUGGACCUGACACUGCCUGGGUGGGGUGAGUGGGGCGGGACGAGCCUCAAGCUGUCCCGCAGCAAACGCAGGAGGUUCAAGAUCAAGACGGCACCGCCUCCACCCAGGAAAGAUCAACACCUGCCCGGUGUCAUCAUGUCGGAGAAGAGAAACAGCUCCAUCAGCCUCCACCAGGUGAGCUCGCUGCCCUUUCCCUUCGAGAGCCAUGCACAGUUUGAGAGCACCAUCCGCUCUCCGCUGGGACGCACCUGGAACACCGAGCGGACUGUUAAAAAGAUCAGCAAGCCCAAGGUGGUCACCCAGCUGGGCGCCAUCAUCGAGCCCAUGGCCCGGGAGGAGCUGAUGAAGCAGGCGUCCACUGGGAAUAAAAGUGUGGUGGACUCAUGGAAAAGAAAAUAUUAAGUGUUACGACUGUACGUGCUCACUGCUCACCGGUAAAUCAAGAGAAGAGGAGCGCAGCAGCUUGUGAGCCGCUGCUCAACCGCUCUGCAGACACUCGGCUCAGUUUGCUGUCAUCUAUGUUGUGACAUCAUCUCAGCAGUUCAACAGCUGACAUGAUGUAUUUGACGAUGCUUUUCUGCAGCCUUUCAUAUUGUAUAUUUGAGAGAUGUUUAAUCAAAUAUAUGAGCUGAACUAUGUCGUGAAGAAUAUCUGAAAUAAAUUGUCUUUGGAGUUAAAGAUAUGGUUACAGGCUUGUAAGUUGAAUUAUUAACACUAUUCCUUAUUUCCCUCAUGAUGCUUGUGACUGUGUUGCUGCGUUGGUGGUUAACACACAUCAUCCUGUUUCUGACACACACACACACAGUGGAGUGUGAACCUGGUGCAGCACGUUUAACAGCAGGUUCUCGUGUCCUCACUGUUCUUAACUGGUCCCAGUGGCUCAUGUACAACACUCCAUCACAAGUUUAAUGUUCUUCAUUCGCAUUGUUAGUUAACUGAAAGUAUUGAAAUAUUAACAGCAAAAUGUCCCAAAAGUAUCAAAAGCGACUGAUUAUGCAGGAGGGCUAAUUUAAAGGCAUGUUACUGUGAGUCAAUAUUUCUGUCUGCAGGCUGGUAGAAGUGCUUCUUUACUUAAUGGAUUGUUAAACAUACAGUAUGAAUAUGUGUUGUAUCUUUAUUAGUUGCUCAGUCUAGGUUUCUCAGACCUGAGUCUGUAAACUAGUAACUAGCUAUCGCUGUUGGACCGAUGGAGUGGAGCAGAAACAUACAGAAGAAU